AUGUUAGGCAAAGGAUUAAAUUUUGAUAGCUUGCACUCUGCUUGGUCGACUAUAUGGGGGCUGGAGGUUUCACCGAAAGUGAGGCACUUUUUAUGGCGCAUGGGAACACAUUCCUUACCAGUAAGAAGCCUCUUGAAGUACAGACAUCUAACCGAGGAUGCUUUGUGCCCUUGGUGUGGGUUGGAGGAAGAGAGCAUGGGCCACGCAAUCUUUAGUUGCCCCCGUGUCCAAGAACUGUGGGAGGUAAGCCAAUGUUUGUGCCUAACAAAGUGGAAGGAGUUUGAGACCAUGUGUGACUUCAUUGAAAGCUGGAAGGGGGUAGACGUGAAAGUGCAGCAGAGGGGAGCUACGUUGGCUUGGGUUAUAUGGGGAGAGAGGAACUACAAGGUCUUUCAAGACAAGACAACUCCGAAUGAGGUCCUCAUUAACCGCGUGCAGCGACUAGUGGACGAGCAAGGGAACUACGCAUCACGUAUAUACAGCAGGCCUGCCUGCAGUGUUCCCAGAAGUGCAAAUACAUGGGUAGCGCCUCCGAAAGGUGUGAUUAAGCUGAAUGUGGACGUUUCUCUAGCAACGGAAGGGUGGAUUGGUAUAGGUGUGGUUGCAAGGGAUUGGAUGGGUAAGGUGCAAUUUGCUGCUUGUCGAAGAUGUCGAGCCCACUGGCCCGUGGAAAUAGCUGAAGCAAAAGCAGUAGCCAACGCAGUUAAAUUGGGACGAAGGUAUGGCUUGGAGGACGUGAUCAUCGAAACAGAUUGCCAGUCAGUUGUGUCCCGUUUGUCCAAGAACGCAAUAUAUUUCUCUGACCUCGAUACAAUCUUAGGAGACAUUUCAGAAAUUAGCUCCUCUUUUAAAUCAAUCUCCUGGUCUCAUGUUAGAAGAGACGGGAACGCUGUAGCCCAUCAGAUUGCUAGGCUAGUUCCUUUUGGUACCGAACAAAUAUGGGAGAAUCAUUGCCCGACGGAGAUCUCUCCUUAUGUACUAAUGGACGCUUUGUCCCUUGAUUAA